UGCGGGCUUGACAAUUGCUUGGAUGCUGUGCUGACCGGACCCGACCUCUACAUUCCUUCUUAUCCGUCCUUGACCUCACCAUCCCAUCUGCGGCCAACCCUCAGCUUUCUCCACGAUGCCAGUCAAGUCUCGGUUCACGCGUCUGGACGCCUUUACCAAGACGGUCGAAGAUGCACGGGUGCGCACGACCUCUGGUGGAAUCGUCACCCUCUCGUCUCUGCUGUUGAUCCUGUGGCUCGUCUGGGGAGAAUAUGCGGAUUACCGAAGAGUCGUCGUACACCCCGAGCUCGUUGUAGACAAGGGAAGAGGAGAAAAGAUGGAGAUCCACAUGAACAUAUCAUUCCCCAGAAUCCCAUGCGAGCUCCUCACCCUCGAUGUUAUGGAUGUGUCUGGAGAAAUUCAGACCGGUGUUAUGCACGGUGUUAACAAAGUCAGACUUGCCCCCGAGUCUGAUGGUGGCCAUGCCAUCGAGUCCAAAGCACUUGAACUCCAUAGCGAUGAUCCUGCCACUCAUCUGGACCCGGACUACUGCGGAGAAUGCUAUGGCGCACCAUCUCCCGCAAAUGCAAAGAAACCCGGCUGCUGCAACACCUGUGCUGAGGUUCGCGACGCCUAUGCGAGUGUCUCCUGGUCAUUUGGAAGAGGAGAAAAUGUCGAGCAAUGCACGCGCGAGCACUACUCCGAGCAUCUAGACGAACAACGUAGAGAAGGCUGCCGUAUUGAAGGUGGAAUUCGUGUCAACAAGGUUGUUGGCAAUUUCCACUUUGCACCUGGCAAGUCGUUCAGCAACGGCAACAUGCACGUUCACGAUCUCGAGAACUACUGGGCUGGCGGCAACAACAUCGAACAUACUUUCUCCCACAAUAUCCAUCAUCUUCGCUUUGGUCCUCAGCUGCCUGAUGAUAUUGUUACUAGCAUUGGCAAGAAGGGCAUGGCUUGGACUAACCAUCAUCUCAACCCACUUGAUGAUACAGAGCAUAAGACAGAAGAGAAGGCUUAUAACUUCAUGUACUUUGUCAAGGUAGUUUCGACUGCGUACCUGCCCCUGGGCUGGGAGAAGAAGAACUCUAUUCUUGACCUGCCCCACGAGCUCAUCGAGUUGGGAAGUUAUGGUCAUGGCGAAGCCGGCAGCAUUGAGACACACCAGUACAGUGUGACCAGCCACAAGAGAAGCCUUGCAGGCGGCGACGAUCGCCAGGAAGGUCACAAGGAGAGACUACACGCUAGAGGCGGCAUUCCCGGUGUCUUCUUCUCUUAUGAUAUCUCACCCAUGAAAGUCAUCAACCGUGAAGCUCGAAGCAAGAGCUUUUCCGGUUUUCUCGUUGGUGUUUGCGCUGUUAUCGGUGGCACGCUCACUGUAGCGGCUGCCAUUGACAGAGCGUUGUAUGAAGGUGUACAGCGUGUCAAAAAGUUGCAU